CUUACCUAUUAAAUAGGCAGACGGGUUGGCUCGCAGACAGAACGCGUUUAUUCCCCCAAAUCCCCCCAAACCUCCGCUGCAGCGACGACGGACGAGCGACGAGCGACGAAGGACGACCCAUCUCCAGCUCCGGCGAGCCUCCUUCUCCGUCGACCCCAUUCCGGCGAACCUCCUUCUCCAUCUUCAUCUCUCUUUCUUCUUUCUUCUAGGUAAAUCAAAAUCCAUUUCAUCUCAUUUUGAACCUAGGGUUUUGAAUGUUAAAAAUUUCGAAUUUUUGUAUUAUGAAUUGAUUGUGAAUUCAGUUGUUGUGAAAUGUGGAUAUGUAUGAAAUGUUGAAAUUUGAUUUUAAAUUGAUUCUAAAUUUUAAUGUGUAUUUUGACAUUUGGGCAUUUGGAUAGACUUGAUUUUAGCUAAAUUUGGAUAUUGAAAUGUAGACGUACUUGAAUGUAGUUAUCAAAAUUUGGGUAGUUUCAUAUUGAGAUGUGAAUUGUUGGUCAAUUUCGACUUUUGAAUAUAUUACAAUUUUGGUAGCUUUUUUAUUUAGGAAAUUUGAAUGUGUAUAAAGUGUGUAUAUUGAUGCGUACUCAAUUGAAUUUUGGACAAUGAAUUGUUAUUAGAAUAUGGAUUUCUCAAGCUUCCCAAUCGUGUGUCAUUGGGGAGGGAACUAUUAUGAGGAUGCUGGGCAAAUAUGCCAUGAAGGUGGCAGAACGAGCUUUGUCAUGGUUUCUCGUGGCGCUUGCAUGGUCGAGAUCCUUCAAAAAAUACAUGCAGCGACAAUGAUUCAUCCCGGCCGUUCAUUGCGGUUGAAAAUGAAAUUUCCCAUGAACGGGGGAAAGUACAUGCUUAUGCCGCUCAUUGAUGAGCUAGCUAUAACAAAUAUGUGGGGCAUAAUUCAGAUGGAGGAUAUGUCGUCGCUGGAGGUAUACAUUGAGGAAUGCUUUGACGCUAAUGCUACUCAAUCGACAUCAAAUGCUGGUGUAUCUAGGCAUGAUGUCAUUGCAGGGGUGAAUGCAGGGAAGUCGUCAAAGGUUCCUGUACUAGACAUGGUUAUACAGGAGGAUGGCAGGUAUUUGCACAACGGUGCAUCAUUUGUGGAUGGGCAGGGAAGUGAUGAUGAUGCAGACGAGAACAUCAAUGGUGACGACAUGACAGAAUCUGAUGAAGAUGAUGGUGAUACUGUGACAUCAACUGCCCCGUCUAGCCACUUCACUAGAAUGUAUGAUCUCCCUGAAGGUUUUACUGAUGCGUGGAUGAGUGGAUCAGGUGAGAAAAGGUUUACCCCCGAUGGUGAGUUUGAGGUCGGUCAACAGUUUGACAACAAAGAACAAGUCAUCAAUAUGGUGAGCUUGUAUUCUAUCAAACGGAACCAAUUCUAUCGGGUGAUAGAGUCCGACAAACACAAAUGGGUGGCACAAUGCAAAAGGAAGAAAGAAUGUCAAUGCCCCUGGAGAAUACGCGCCACAAAGAAUAAAGGCAACCUUGACACCUUCACAAUUGUGCGUUAUUCUGGACCUCAUUCUGCUUCUUGUGUAGGCAACAUCGACACUACAGAUCACGUGGCCUUGACAUCAGAAUUCAUCUGUAAAGAUGUGGUUGACAUUAUUCGCACUGAUCCUUCUCUUAAAGUGCAUACUAUCAUCGAGAUGUUGAAGGAAAAAUAUGGGUAUACGGUAUCUUACCGGAGAACAUGGAUGGGGAAGCAAAAGGCCAUAGCACAAAUAUUUGGCGGUUGGGAAAAGUCAUAUUUCGAAUUGCCCCGUUUCAUGACAGCGCUCCAACAUUCUAAUCCAGGAACUGUUGUUCAGUGGUACCCACCCCCCAAUGGUGCGACAGGUUAUAUGAUGUUUCAAAGAGUUUUUUGGGCAUUCAAGGCAUCAAUAUCUGGUUUUAAGCAUUGUCGACCCGUACUUACUAUUGAUGGCACACACAUGUAUGGAAAGUACAAGGGCACAUUGCUCGUGGCCAUGAGUUGUGAUGCGAACAACCAAAUUUUCCCAGUCGCCUUUGCAGUUGUUGAAUCCGAGAAUGGAGACAGUUGGCCAUGGUUUAUGGCAUGUAUUAGGCAUUUUGUGACUAACAGGGAGUUGUGUGUCAUUUCAGAUAGACAUGGAGGUAUUGUUAGGGCAAUGAAUGAGGUUGGAAGUAAUUGGGAGGAGCCUUAUGCGCAUCAUAGGCUAUGCAUCCGUCAUCUUGCUUCAAAUGUGCACACUCAUUUCAAAGACAUUCAUUUAAAAAAUCUAUUUGUGUGGACCGCACGGCAACAUCAGAAAAAAAAAUUUGAUGGUGGGUUCAAGAAGAUAGGUGAAAUGAGUAGGGAUGCACGACAAUUUUUGGCCAACAUUCCUCCAGAAAUGUGGUCGCUGCACCAUGAUGGCGGGUACAGAUACGGUACCAUCACUUCAAAUCUGGCUGAGGUUUUCAAUAGCGUCAUGAAAAAUGCUAGAUAUUUGCCCAUUACCGCCUUGGUCCAGGUGUCUUUUUACCGGGUUAAUGCGUACUUUGUGAAUAGGCGUGAAACUAGUAAGUUGAGGCUCACACAAGGCCACGAGUACUCCCCAUACAUCACAGAUUUAAUUGAAAAAAAUAGAGAGAAGGCAAAGCAUCACAUUGUCACUCCUUUUGAUUUAGGGCGAGGUAUAUUUCAGGUGGAGACCGGUUGUGGUGGCAGAACGUUGGGAAAGGGUGGGAGAAAACAAACUGUCCAUCUACAACGGAAAACGUGCACUUGCAAAAAGAUGGAGAUAUACAAGAUUCCUUGCUCCCAUGUAUUAGCCGUGUGUAGACAACGUAGUUUGUCUUAUGCUCCAUUUGUGGAUAAGUUCUUCUCUUCUGACCAAUACGCCGCCACGUAUCAUAGGGUGUUCAAACCGAUUCCUGAUCGUGAUUAUUGGCCAAAUUACAAUGGACCCGAAAUCGUGCAUGAUCCAUCCAUGCUUCGGGCGAAGGGAAGACCAAAGUCGACCCGUAUUAAGAAUGAGAUGGAUGAAGGCCCACGAGGAACGGUUAGAUGUGGAAGAUGCCACCAAACCGGCCAUAAUAGAGCGACAUGUGCAAAGAGAUCAUCUAGACAAGCGGGGGGUCCGCUGGGUAUGUGUAUAUUUCGAGUCAAUCAUAAUUCAUUAUUUCCUUGCAUGGAAAAUUAAUAAAUUCAAAAAAGGAAGUUAAAAAAAAUGUAAUACAUUAUACAAUUACAACUAAUACAAUUAGAACUAAUACAAAUUUUGUUUGUAGGCAUGGAGGUGAUAGCGGAUCCUGGGCCGAGUGAUCCUUCUGUCCUGACACUGCAGGCCUCACACAGGAGUGAGGAUGUUUGGCUUGGCAUGGAUGUGCAGGUUGAUAGGUGCCGCGAGCAUCUGCGGGGUUUGUCCCAUUUACAUGUCGACCCCAGAGUCCUAGCAUAUGUUCGUGCAGCAGGUUUUUUUACACUGCACAGGUUAGUGGCUACUGUGCCUUUAGAUAGAGCCCUCCUCACUGCUCUACUUGAGCGUUGGAGGCAGGAGACACAUUCAUUUCACCUCCCUGUUGGUGAGGUCACUGUGACAUUGGGAGAUGUGGCUGUACUGACUGGGUUAGAGGUUGAUGGGAGAGCUGUUACAGGCACUGCUUGUCGACAGUGGGUGGAUGAGUGUGAGAGGUUGUUAGGCAUCCGCCCCGUUCUUAGGGCUGACCUUCAGGGGUCAUCUCUUAGGAUGCCAUGGUUGAGGGAGCACUUCCAGGCCCUUCCUCCCGACGCUGAUGAGAUGAUCAUCCAGCAGCAUGCUCGGGCGUAUAUAUUGAUGAUGAUGGGAGCCUCCAUUUUCGCUGACAAGAGCGGAAAUGAGGUUCAGGUGCUACACCUGCCUUUGCUGGAGAGGUUUGAUGUAGCAGCACAGUUUAGCUGGGGUAGUGCCACCCUGGCUUAUCUCUACAGGCAGCUGUGUCGCGGGUGCCAGAGAGGGAGCACAGAGCUGGGGGGAUUUUUGCUACUCCUCCAGAUUUGGUCAUGGGAGUAUAUCCACAUUGGCCGUCCCAUUAUAGUUGGAUAUCAUGGCAUUGAUGGACAGCCACUGCCUGAUGAGCCUCCACGUCUGCUAGGACCACAUCAUGUACGGGGCGUGGACCCUCUAGGCCGUCGGUAUGUUUUCAAUCGUUUGUAUUUGUGUUAGUUUUUGUUGAAUGAAAAUGCAUUAAUAAAAUCCAUAUUAUUGAUAUUGUAACAUUAAUGGUUAGGUGGCUAUAUGCUGGUUUAUCUCGCAUGUCAUCCGCUACUGGUCUCGGUGUGUACAGGGAUGCAUUGGAUCGGAUGUCAGAGGACCAGAUCACAUGGAUGCCGUAUAGACCUGAUAUGUUAGCAGAGUUGCCCCCAGCUGGACGAGAGCAGACUCACAUAUGGCGAGCACGUGUGCCGCUGAUAUGUUUUGACAUUGUUGAGCUUCAUUUGCCUGAUAGAGUCAUGCGACAGUUUGGGUUUGAGCAGGUCAUUCCACGUCCUAUCGACACUUAUGUAGAGCUGCAUAAGCUGGAUAGGCGUGGGAAACAUACAGAGGAUUGGGCACUCAGACAUGUCCGAUACGUGACUAUGUGGGAUAGGAGAGCUGAGCUAGUCGUGGCUGGGACACCCACAUAUGUGCCAUCAGUUUCAGGAGAUUACAUGGGAUGGUACUACAGCAUCACUCGGUUGUUUGUGUCUCCUUCGUUCAGACUCCCUACUCAUCAUUAUCAGCCUAGCUCAUUGGCAUUGCAUCUUACGACCCGAGCUUUGCAGCGCAUACAUCAGCGGGCUACUGCCACUGUGACUGAUAUUCCUGAUGUGGACAUGUAUGGACAGACUCUGACAGGCAUUGCCUCGUUAUGCUCAGAUGUCUUGGGUCGAGUAGACUACGGACAUCUUAUACACAUGCCCGCAUCUCAGGAGAUGGCAUCCACGUCUAGUGCAGCCGCGGGUUCAUCAUCCCAGACGCAACAUGAGAGAGUGGUUCUUCAACCACGACAACGCCGUAGGCGUAGACAUGAGCAGCAACAUCUCCAUGACGAAGCUGAUGAUGGGAACUUGUAGUUUGUCUUUUGUAUUAUAGUUUUUCUUAUGCAAUAGAUGUUGUAGGAACAAUUUACAAGUUUUGAUGUAUUUUCUCUUGUUAAGUAUUCUAUGUUGUAUUGAUGUGUUCGAGUAUGAUUAUUACAUGAUUAUUUGUUAUGGCAUAUAUGAUGAUUGAACUGUGUUA